CUUUGACAUAAAGAAAUAAGCACGACUUGGCAUUUGGCACGACCUGUUCUUUUAUUUUAUUUACCUCUUUGUUAUUAAUUUAAAUAAAUACGUUUCGUUAAACAGACUGAAUUUGACGGUGACUUAAGACUUCAAUGUGUUCAAACCUAUUCGCAAUAAUUCUAAUACUAUCUCAACUGUCAAAAAGUUUCUACAAAUUAUAAAGACAAAGUUGAAUGAAAGCUGCAAAAGUACAAACAAACAAAUAUCGAUGGUUUCUCUGUCCGAAUAUUGCAACUUUUAUAAGAAUUUAUUUUAUUAGUUAUUUGGGAACUGGGUGAUUCGUGUGCUAUUUAAUCAAAUGACUGCUGCUACAGCAUCCGCAACAACUGUAACCGCCGACGAAGAUCUAGAGGAUUGUGGUCCCCAGCUGAUCAGUAAACUAGAGGGAAAUGGUAUCACAUCAGGUGAUGUCAAAAAGUUGGAAGAGGCAGGAUAUCAUACAGUUGAAUCUGUGGCAUAUGCCCCUAAGAAAUGGUUGAUCACAAUAAAAGGCAUAUCUGAAGCAAAGGCAGACAAAAUAUUAGCAGAAGCUUCAAAAUUGGUACCUAUGGGAUUUACUACAGCCACAGAGUUUCACCAAAAAAGAGCAGAAAUUAUACAGCUGACAACAGGUUCAAAGGAGUUAGACAGGUUACUAGGAGGAGGCAUUGAGACAGGCUCAAUCACAGAGAUAUUCGGGGAGUUCCGCACAGGAAAAACACAGUUAUGCCACACACUGGCUGUCACUUGCCAGCUGCCAAUAGAGCAAUCGGGUGGCGAAGGGAAGUGUAUGUACAUAGACACAGAAGGUACCUUCCGCCCAGAGCGGUUGUUAGCCGUUGCACAACGCUACGGUAUGGAGGGAGCUGCUGUACUCGACAAUGUGGCAUAUGCCCGAGCAUACAACACAGAUCAUCAGUCACAGUUGUUGGUGCAAGCCUGCGCUAUGAUGACAGAGUCCAGGUAUUCCUUGAUAAUAGUGGACAGUGCAACGGCCUUGUAUAGGACGGAUUACUCCGGCAGGGGAGAGCUCAAUGCGCGACAACUGCAUCUCGGCAGGUUUAUGAGGAUGCUUCUCAGAUUAGCCGAUGAGUUUGGUGUCGCGGUGAUAAUAACGAAUCAGGUGGUAGCGCAAGUGGACGCGGUAGGCGUUUUCAACGCGGACACCAAGAAGCCGAUCGGUGGGCAUAUCAUUGCCCACGCUUCCACCACUCGACUGUACCUGCGCAAGGGGAGGGGAGAUAAUCGCGUGUGCAAGAUAUACGACAGUCCUUGCCUACCGGAGACCGAGGCGAUGUUCGCCAUUAGCACCGAGGGAAUAACCGACGCCAAGGAGUGAUUGUAAGCAUAAUUAAUAGUGGUUAUUUGGUUUAAAAUAUAAAUAAUUAAAAAAAAAAAAAUAAUAAACGGCUAUACCACGAUAACAUUGCAUCCCAUUUAAAAAUUGUCGACAUUACAUCUCAUAUUUUAACAUUAAUUAGAUGUGAAAUGUUGAUAUAUCGCGGUUUUAUGAACUUUAUUUCACCUGAAAAAAAAACAACGUACAAUAUGAAACGGUAUUAAUUACACAUGCAUUAUCUACCAGUCAACCUCGGUUCAUAAAAAAACCAUGCUGAUUGCUAGAAAACUAAUAAAUUUAGGGUAUAUUUGGAUUUUAUUGGCAAAGAAAACUGUUGAUAUUAGAUUUGUAUACCACUGAAUUGACAAUAUUCUUAUAAGUAUUCAGUCAUAAUAUGUGAAUAUUUUUGUAAAUUGCUAUUAAAAUUUAAAAAAAUAUGAAGA